AUGGCCGACGCGCUCAAGGCACAGGCAAAUACCGCGUUCGCCGCGCAGAACUGGAACAAGGCGAUCGACUGCUGGACAAAGGCGAUCAAGAAGGAGAAGGACGCCGUCGCGCUCGCCUCGCUCUACUCGAACCGCUCGGCCGCCUACCUCAAGGUCAGCAAGUACGAUGCAGCGCUGCGAGAUGCGGAGCAGGCCGUUCUGAAGCGCCCGACGUGGAGCAAGGCGAAGGCGCGAAUGGCCGAGGUCUACGCUCGCCAGCAGAUCUUCGACCUGGCCAAGUCGUCGUACGAGCGAGCGAUCGAGCUCGCCGAGGACGACGCGACCCGCGAGCGGUAUCAGGCGUCGCUCAAGACGACGAAGGAGGCUGAGGAGAAGGCGAAGAGCAAGAAUGCCUACGAGGGCGAGUCGUUCCAGCGGGCGAGCAGCUUCAAGAACUAUUUCCUCACCCGACUCAACCGCGCCAUCCUCAACGGCACCUACACGCUCGACCGGACUCGAGGCAUGGCGCUCUCCGUCUCCGCCGCCGAGAACUGCCAGAGCGGCCUGCGAACUCUGGAGGAAAACGUCAUGCGGAUGCCGGACGGCCAGCUCAUGUUCCGCGCCUUCACGAACGGGCUUGCCGAACUGUGUGAGUGCUUGAUCACGGACGAGUCCGCCUUUUUCUUGCCGCGCGGGGAGGAUCCGCAAUUCCCGCUGGUCAGCAAGAUCCAGCAUGUCAUCCUCAACGAGUUGCAGUCGGCCAAUUCCCUCAAGUACUUCCAGAACGCAAUCUGGGCCGCCCGAGAUAUCAUCGCCGACCUCGACAAGCGACUCGCUACCGAGACUCGUCAAGACGUUCGUCGAGCGGUCUCGACGAUCAUUCGCGGUCGUGUCGUCUCGGCAGGCCUCCUCGGCUUUAACAAGGACCAGCGAGGCGGAGCGGUGCGAGAGCUCAAGCUUGCGCUCGCGGUGCUCGAGGAAGGAAAUCGCAAGUGGGCGGACGUGCCGUUCGACGAGCGAGGAAACACCUUCCGGCCGACCUUUGUCCGCAACGUCCGAGUCGCUCUCCUGAAGGCCCUCCUCGCCGCGCAUCGCGAUCUCAAGACGGUUGCCGCACAACGAGUCUACAAGCUAUCCGACAUCGAGGACUUGGCGAACCAGAUCAUUCGGAUGCGUUUAAUGCUCGCCUCGCCAUUUUGGCUCUCGCUGACCCGCUUCGUUCCGCUCUUGCGCGCUCACUUACAGGACCACCCGCCUGAAGAAUGGAUUCCGAGGGACGGGACCAUCAUGCGUGUCGCGUACUCGGCGUAUCCUAACUGGGAGGCGUACAGCGCCCUCGGCUACGUCUACGGGCAGCGUGCGGGCGUACCACUCAAGGACAUCAAACCCCGCAAGUACGCGUUUGCCGACCUUGUGAACGCGAAAAAGGCGGCCGAGUUCUACGACAAAGCCACGGCGAUCAUGGAGGUCGAAGCGCCCGAUUGGCACCACCGCCGCUUCAUGCUGUGGCACGCGCUCUACUGGCACUUGCGGGCGGGCGGCUUGUCAGUGCGCGAGAUGCGCCAGCGCUACAACACCGCCAAGCAGGUCUCGGAGGAGGCGGAGCGGUUCUUCGUCGAGAUGAACGGAGUCGCUUCGUACGGCGAGCCGCGCAAGUUCUCCGACAUCCAGCUCCACAGCAUCAACCAGAACCUCCGCCACCCGCCACCCGGCGUGACGGACCGGUCAAUCCUCAAGCCUAUCCCGACUCUCAACUGUCGUGGCCUGCCUCGCAGCAUCAAUUACCAGCAGUUGCUUGACCGCGAGGAGUUUGAGCGGUUGCCGGGAGACGUCGAUGCCAUCGACGUGCUGGGUUGA